AUGAUAAAAUUAAAUGUUCCUCAUUUAUAUUGGCAUUACAAAGCUUGGCAGCGAGCUACGGCUGGAUAUUUAAGGACAUUUAUUAAAAACAAUUUAGCUAAUAAUGAAAUGGUUGGUUACGUUAUUAAUGACAAACACCCCAAGAGUAUAAGAGUGGCUUGCGACAGAUAUAUGUACGUUGUUCGCUAUAAAAAGACCUUCAGAUAUACAAAAAAAAUUUGGGUGCAUGAUGAAAAAAGUGAAGCAAAAGUUGGUGAUGUAGUUCGAAUUCAGCCACUGGGGUAUAGAAUAGGCCCUUGGAAAAAUUACAUUCUUGUGAAAAUUUUGUACAAGGAAAAUAAAUAG